CCAUCAUUCAUUCUCGAGACCAAGUGGUGACGGGGUCCGUAAAAUAUUUCCUGACACGAAAAUACCGCGAUCUGGUCAACCAACUUUUAUUGUUCAAGGAUCACGGUCUAUUAGAUCAAAAAUGGUAUAAAGGAAAAUGUGGGCGAAAAAUUGUUUCCAAAAAAAUUCUCAGGAAACAUCCCUUCCUCUUUAAUGAAUGUUCAACGUCCCUCGCACACGCCAGCGCCCAAACGAUCUUACCGCAUUACGAUUGGUGCAUGGAUUCAAGAUGUCAUUUUUAUAAAUGUGCACCGUUGCUUUCGCCGAUGUCGCACCAUAAUAAAGAAAGAGAAACGGUGUGGUUGAUUCGAUGUAGCUGA